AGGCAAAGAUUUUUAUGCCAAUCAUGGGAGUGUAAAUUGAUGUAAUAACUUUGGAGAAUCAUUUCAGGUGGAGAAUGGCAUGUGUGAAAGACCCGAGGCAGAUGCGUGCGUGGUGUAUUUCAGGAAUAGCAAGGAUGCCACUGGGACUGGAUGGCAGUCAGUGAAGGGCAGAGUCGGAGGAGGUGCUGUCAGGGCACUCGGCUCAGCUGGGGGAGAGAAGAUGCAGUCGUGUCAACAUCACGGAGAAGGGAAGUCCUGGCAUGAUUUUGAGCAGAAGAGUGGCGCACGGUGGCAAAUGUUUUUAUUGUAUUGUUAUUUCACCACCCACUUGUAUUUUAUUCUCAGCAUAUGUUAUUUUAUGAAAUUGGAUUUGCAUUUUGGAGGGAGAGUCUGAUUUUUGUGAAGGCAUGCAUGUGGUAUGCCGGUGACGACAUUACCAGCAUUCCGGUGAACGAGACGUUAUUGUUGGCCAUAGGUCGUGUGCUGGAUGGCAGAGGGCCUGUGUUAGUAACACCCUGUUUCCCUCUCCUCCCAGCCCCGGGAACCACCAUUCCCUGCUGUGAAGACCUCACGUAGGUCACAUCAUGCAGUCCCUGACCUGCAUCUGGCUCACUUGGUGUGGUGUCCUCAGAGUCUGUCCGUGUUGUUGCCCAUGGCAGAACUUUCUUCCUACGUAAAUGCUCUGCCUGGCCCAGACGAUCCACACGCAGGAGGGGGCCCUGCCCAGACCCUCCAUCUCGGCUGAGCCAGACACUGUGAUCCCCCCGGGGAGCCCUGUGACCUUCCACUGCUGGGGCCCAGUUGGGGUUCACACAUUCCGCCUGGAGAGGGAGAAUAGAUCCCAGUACAGAGAUAAUUAUGAUGUGUCUCUAGUUAGUCCGUUUUUGUCAGGGGCCACAUUCCGCAUUGACUCAGUGAGUGAAGACAGCGCCGGCCAUUAUCGCUGCCUCUAUUAUAAGGCCUCCAGAUGGUCUCAGCACAGUGAGCAGCUGGAGCUGGUGGUGAAAGGGACUGUGGCAGACACGGAAGCCUCCGGGUUUGACUUACUAUGAAUGAGGAGAAAUGGCCUCCUGCCUUGUGAACCUCAAUGGGGAGAAAUAAUUGGAAUGAGCAAUAGAAAAUGCACAUAUGCCUUUACAUGCAUACACAAAUAAACAUGUAUGAUUUGCAAUGUG